CUCAGUAUCCCACAGCUGAAAUUGUUAAUGAAAUUCCCUCUCACAGUUUAAAACAAAAAACAAAAAACAAAAAAAAACCAACCAACCAAAAACAAGUAUUGAAUAUGAAUGUGGAAGAGAGGCAAUUUGAUGUUUGUAAUUAUCGAGGUAAACUCCACGACCUGCUGAAUGUAUGCAAAAGUGGACCCCGGAUGGUGUAUAUAAAUCUGACAUGUGCAGAAAGUAAGAGCAGGUAUUGAGACUUCUUUCUGGUAGAGCAAGUCAUCACACAGGAUCCCUACCAUGAGCAACAGAGGGGUUUCACUGAAAGGUUUGUUGCUGGCAGUUCUUCUGGUGUCCAACAUGCUUCUGACCAAGGAAGGAGUGACCUCCUUGCCAAUCUGCCCCAGUGGAUCUGUCAACUGCCAAGUUUCCCUUGGGGAACUUUUUGAUCGGGCAGUUAAACUUUCACACUACAUACACUUCCUCUCUUCAGAAAUGUUCAACGAAUUUGAUGAACGCUAUGCUCAGGGCCGGGGUUUCAUUACAAAAGCUGUUAAUGGGUGCCACACUUCCUCCUUAACCACUCCUGAAGACAAGGAGCAAGCUCAGCAGAUUCAUCAUGAGGACCUGCUGAAUUUAGUACUGGGGGUACUGCGUUCCUGGAAUGAUCCCUUGAUCCAUCUGGCCUCUGAAGUGCAAACAAUCAAAGAAGCUCCAGAUACCAUCCUCUGGAAGGCUGUAGAGAUUGAGGAGCAAAACAAGAGGCUUCUAGAAGGAAUGGAAAAAAUAGUUGGGCGGGAACAGCGUGAUGUGACUUGUACAGCAUAAAACAACAUACUCCUAGUCCUGCUUCAAGAGAAGGUGUCAUCAUCAGAACUAGAAAUCUUCAUUCCAUCUUUGGGCAUUUUUAAGUCUCAAAUUUGUGUAGGAUGUGCCUGUGUUUUUUCACAUCCACAUAUUUAUGAGUAUAUAUAAGCUUAUUUAUACCUGUCUGUAUACAUGUAGGUAUUGUGUAUAGUUUUUGAAAAUGGAUACUAUGUUUAGAACUGUUCUGGAAGUCUGGCCUAUUACAAAAAUGUGGCACAUAACAAAGUACCAUUCAUUUCUCCGUUACUACGAGUCUGACUUGGUUCCCCCUACACUUGGAGACUUUGAAAACAAGGCUGUU